AUGGAUACAAAACGCCAACCCGUAGUCGAGCCGACAGACGAGAAGCCCACGAUCGUGGCGCACUUGGAAGACAAGAGUGAGCUUGGUCCAGAUAAGCAUGCUGGUGCUGUGGACUACACCGGCGCAGAGGCGAAGACAGACCCAGAAGAGAUUGCGCUCGUAAGGAAGAUUGACUGGAGAUUGAUGCCAACACUAUGUGUCAUGUACUUCCUCAACUACGUUGAUCGUAAUGCCAUCGCCCAGGCGCGGUUGAACAAUCUCGAAGAGGAUUUAGGAAUGUCUGGCGUCCAGUUCAACACUUGUGUUAGCAUUCUCUUCGUGGGAUAUGUGCUUAUGCAAAUUCCUAGUAACAUGCUUAUAACAAGGAUACGUCCCGGUAUCUACAUGAGCAGUUGGAUGUUCAUCUGGGCCAUCGUAUCAGCUUGCACAGCGCUGGUUCAGAACUUCGGCGGACUGGUCGCAUGUCGGUUCUUCCUGGGUAUUACUGAGGCACCCUUCUACCCCGGAGCGACGUACAUGCUCUCAAUCUUCUACACCAGGAAGGAAGUGGCGACACGUAUCGCGUUGCUAUACUGUGCGCAGAUUCUGGCUACAGGCUUCAGUGGAUUGAUCGCGGCCGGCGUAUUCCAACUGGAUGGCGCCAGAGGAGCCGUGACCGCAUUGGUCGCCAUCUGGGGUUUCUUCAUGCUUCCCAAUACCCCACUCACCACGAGCUGGCUUAACCCACGGGAGCGCGAACUCGCCCAUGCACGUAUGGAGCGUGACCGAGUCGGCGAUUCCACCGAGCCUGUCAGCAUGAUGGAGGGACUGAGGCAGGCGUGCCGCGACAAGAGGACGUGGCUGUUCUGUCUCAUGCAGAACUUCCAUCUCAGUGCUUGCUCGUUCAACUCUUUCUUCCCAACUGUCAUCAAGACCCUCGGUUUCAACACCACGAUUACUCUCCUACUGACCUGCCCUCCCUUCCUGCUUGCCGGCGCGGCAGGUAUCGCUACAGGCUGGAGUUCAGGCCGUAUGCAUGAACGCACCUGGCAUAUCACUGGUGGACUGCUAGUCGCCAUUGUCGGAUUCGUCAUCGCUGCCAGUACGAUGAACACAGCGGGUCGAUACGUUGCCUGCUUCAUUUUCCCCAUGGGCGCAUAUUCCGUCAACUCCGUCAUCAUCGGUUGGGCAUCUUCGACCCUCAGUCAAACGAAAGAGAAGAAAGCUGUCGUGUUGGCGAUGACGAACGUCGGAGGCCAGAUCGGAUACAUCUACGGCGCUUACCUCUGGCCAGACACCGACAAGCCUCGAUACGGAAUUGGAUUCGGUGCAUCUGCUGGAUUCGCGCUGCUGUCGAUCGCUUGUGCCUGGGCGAUUCGCUUGAUGCUCAUCAAAGAGAACCAAAGGCUCAAGGCGUCGACGAAUGAGCGUGUUAACUUGUACGGAUACUAG